AUGCCCGAACUCACCAUGGUCUGGCUCCAUUCCAACAGUUUCACAGUGCCAAUUCCUGAUCUAUCCAACCUCAAGGUCCUUGAAUCCUUUGAGGUCCAUGGCAACUCCCUCACGGGCAUUAUGCCGCAGUCUCUCGCUGCCUGCCUUUCGCUUAGGAUUAUGGACCUCUCCAACAACAUGUUACAGGGCCCUUUUCCGUCGUUCGCCAGCAAUUCCUUCAUUCAGUUGUUAUUAAGCAACAAUAAUCUCAUCGGAACCAUCCCUGAUAGCUUGGCUCAGAUCCAUAUUCUCAAAAUAUUGGAUGUCACUAAUAACAACCUCAAUCGGAAUAUGCCAAAAUUUCGUAGCUCUGUUAAGGUUGAAACUGAUGGAAAUCCCAAUCUUUGUAAAAACUCUGACUCAGGAGGUGAAAGCUCUUCUCCAACAAGUGGGGCACCUAGUCCUCCAGACAAACUGUCAAUUGUGGGUAUCAUCAUAGCUAUUGUGGUUCUUGUAGCUUGUUUAGUAGGACUUUUACUGCAUCACCUCAAGAAGAAGAACAAGAAGAAAUUUGAACUUAGCAUUGAGACUGUAAAUGCAUACCGUGAUGAACCUCAAAGCUUGCAUAUGUCUAUUCAAGCAUUGAAAACGACCACAAAUAAUUUCAGUGAGGAUUUUAUAUUGGACAAGGGCGGUUUUGGAAUCAUUUACAAAGGGAAUCUCAGUGGAACAUUAAUUGCUUUGAAGAAAAGUAUAUCUGAUUUGAUGGGUCAAAAUGGCCAAUAA